AUGUGGCAGUUUUGUGCGAUACUCUUUGCUGCAUGGUUUCAUUACUGCAUUGCUUAUGAUACUGUUAUUCUUUCAACUCUGAAUCUGAAAAAAAUGACAGUAGAAGACCUGGCAGUAUCCUCAAAAGUACUGGCUAUUGGUAUUAAGGAUUUCUCAUUACCAAAUUUUGGCAUAUAUGCCCAAGCCUAUCGCGCCGAAAACUCUGAUGCCCCUUUUGCAUCAGUAAUGCAGAUCUUCCCUUAUCAGAAAGCGCUUCCAAUGGAGAAUCCAUUAAUGGUGACUUCUAACAAUGGCGAUGUUCAUAAAUCAGCUGUUGGUGUAGACUACAUUACAUUUGAUAGUUUUGAAGAUUUGCAUGAUCUUCUAGCAUCUAAUGAGAAUUUUAAAGGCUAUCAGACAGUUGUUAUUUCUUCUCAGGAUGCUUUCGAAAAAGAAUUGAUUCGUCGCAAGCGUGUUUCCUCGGAUGUUAGUUUUGAUGACGUGCUAUCAUCUGAUGAAGUUCCGAAAGCAAAUAGUCGACAGCGGUUAUCUGCUGCAGAUCGUGUAAUUUUUUCUUUAUCUCAACAAUUUUAA